AUAUAUUUUUUUUGUUAUUUUCUUUCUUAUUUUCAUAAAUGGGUUUCAUAUAAAUAGGAAUGUGGCGCUGACAAUUGACAUCACAAUUCGUUAAACAUUACAAUUGUUAAGAAGUCUAAUCUUCAGCAAAAAUCAUUCAAAAUGUUCAAGUUGUUCUCUGUCUGCUUCCUUGCCAUCUUCGCUGUUGCCUUCGGUGCUGCUAAACCCGGUUUGCUGGCUGCUCCUGCAGCUCUUGCCUACUCAGCUCCAUUAGCCGCUGCACCCGUUGCGUAUUCCGCUCCAUUGGCUGCUGCACCAGUUGCCGCUGCUUACGCCGCUCCCGUUGCCUACACUGCCGGCUAUGCUGGUUACGUCGCUCCAUACGCCAGCAGCUACUCAGCUCAUUCGAUCGCCCACUCUGCCGCUUUCCCAGCUGCUUUUGCUGCCGCUCCAGUAGUUGCCGCUCCAGCCCCUGUUGUUGCUGCUGCUCCAGCUGUUGCCGUAUUGAAGAAGUAAAGAUUAGAUGAAAGAGACUUUAAUGUUAAUAUAUGAAGAACCAUAAACGUUAAAAAUAAAAAAAAUA